AUGGGAUUGGAAGACUUGAGAUAUUCAGAGAGUAAAGCUUCACGUUUAGAAGAUUAUCAUACUUAUUUAAAUAAGCCUCUCCGUUAUACGAUUAUAAGUUUUGAUGUAACUGCUAUUAUAAUGUUAAUCACGCUUUUUGGAAUUGUUUAUGGUGAAAUAUAUAAACGGCACAGUGCAAUUGCAGAAGAAAUUACUACUUCAAUUAAUUAUUCAUCUAACAAUGGUUAA